AUGGACAUAGGAAGAAAGCCACUGAGCGACGAGGAUUUUGGAAGUGCGUGGAAGUCUAUAGAGAAGGAACUUCGGAAGCUUUCCUCGGGGGGCUUGUGCAGUGGGCUUGAGAUUUAUAACAACAUAUACACGGUGUGUACGUCGUCUACACCCAGGCUUGAAAACAAGCUGUAUUGGAAGAUAGGAGAUUUUGUGUAUAUGAGAGCACGGGAAAUAAGAAAGGAGGUGUUUGAGGCAAAGGACUGGAUUAAGGAGUACAACGAGGGGUUUAGGAAGUUUAGGCAGAUGGUCUUUGCAAUUGACGAGCUAUGCGACUUCUUGAACGAGUGUGUGAAGGGCCGGACGAUGCGGGAUCUAGGAUUUCUCUUAUGGGAGAGAUGUGUGCUGCAGCAGACGAUGAAGUACAAGCACACAACGCUUGGGUUCGAGCUUGUGAACCAGGAGAGGAUUGAAGUGAUCAAGGAUGCAAUUGAGUCGUUUCGGCUGAUUGUUCCCGACCUGAAGAAGCCGAUGCUUUACUAUACACAGAGGUAUGAGCAGUUUGCCCUACAGAAGAUUGGAAGCAAGUACCAGGAGGAAAUAAGAUCCAUGUGUGGGGAAGUUGAGAAGUACUCGUUCUAUGUAAGAGAAAAGAUUUGGUAUGAGAAGAGCAUCCGGGAAAAAAUAUUUCUUGAAGAGUCUUGGGAGAAGAUGGAGGAGAUACUUGAAGAGGUGUUUAUCUUGAACAAAAGAGAGUAUCUCUUUGCAGAAAUAUACAAGAUAAUGUCGAUGCACAGACUUCCUGUGGAGAUUCUUGACAAGAUCUCCAAAGAGAUGGAGCAUGACAAGCAUCGAGAGGUUGGAGGAUAUCGAACAAACGAUUUCUAUGAGUUGCAGAAUGAUGACGAGCCUAAGGUCAAGCAUAGCGAUGUCUUUCUGGAAAGGAUGUCUGUCCUUUACAGGAACCUGUCCGGGCUGAAGUCAGCAUGCGAAAUAUUCCGAGAGGUGUUUACCCGAUAUGUACGGGAAGAGAGUGAAAGGCAUGUGGAUGUGUACAGCAAGGGUAUUGAGACGCUGUAUAUCUUUCACUGCAUGCUUAGGCAUGUUGUGGAUGUCGGGUUUUUGGGGGACCAUGAAUAUUUCAAGAUACUGAAGAGAGAGUUUUCCACAAGCUGUAUGAAACUGAGGCCAUCUCUGGAAGCAAGACUGCUUGAGUUUUCGGAUUGGAUUGUUGGGGAGAACAGCAAUGUAUUCAGGUUUCUUGACAGAGAAUUUGAAAAAAACACUGGGGGAAGCCACCUGGAUCUUCCUUUUCUGGGGCCUGGGAAGGUGAAAGAGGAAGGAUUGGAGCUUGGAAGGAGGUUUGAAGGGAAGAAUGAAUUUUUGCGGCAGGUGUUUGGAACACUGUACAAGAUGAUAGAGAACAAGCAUGUGUUCUACGAGAUGUAUCUUUCAGGGCUCGGAAGGAGGCUACUGGAAAAAGGCCCGAAUCUUUAUGAGGAGAAGAAGUUGAUUUCCCUAAUGAAACGAAAGGGGAACCAGGACUUUAUAAAGAAGGCUGAGACGAUGGUUGCAGAUAUAAACAUCUCCCUGAGCUACAACAAGGAUACUGACCGAUUUGUGUGGGUUCUGACACAAGCAUAUUGGCCACAGCAGGCAGAAGCCCCGCUGAUCCGGAUUCCAGAGUCUCUUGAAAUGAUAAAGAGGGUAUAUGAUUCGAAGUUCAACAAAAAGAAGUUGUGCUGGGCAUGGAAUCUAGGAAGUGUGUGUGUGGAGAUCUAUGGAGUCGAGAUCCAAAUGAAUGUUCUCCAGUACUCUGUGAUUGAUCUGUUCAACAGACAUGAGCAGGUGGAUUUCGAAAAGGCAUUGAGUGCCACGAAGAUGGGGACAAAGGUUAUCGGGGAUGUUCUUAAAUCCUUAGUUGAUAGUGGCCUCCUUGUCUGUGCCGAGGGUUGGUACAGAAUAGGAGAUAUAUUUGGUAUCGAAAAGGAUAUCCGUGGCUUUUACUGCAGCGAAAGUGUUUCCAUGGUGCAUGAGAUAGACAAGAAUUCGUACUACCAAUCACUUGCAUCGCGAAUACUAAAGAGGAGGAAGAGGAUGUGCAUGGAUGACAUAGUAAAGGAAACUCAAGCGGAGCAUACCGAGAGAUUUGGAUACGACGAAGUAAUCUUCUCCGAAGCCAUAAGAAUUCUUGGGGAUAAAGGAAUCAUAGAGGAGGUGGAGGAUGCAUAUGUCUAUCUCCCCUAG